GGAGCUGCGCGGCGCCGAGAGGCGCGGAGGGGCAGUUCCAGCGGGCGGCGGCGGGCCCGGGCGGCGACCGGAGCGAGCCCCAUGCCCCGCGCGGGCUGACGGGCCGGAGCCCGCACGGAGCGGCCGGGCCGGACAGGUCCCGCUAGAGCGACAUGAUGGUGGAAUCCGCCUCGGAGACAAUCAGGUCGGCUCCGUCUGGUCAGAACGGCGUGGGUAGCCUCUCCGGGCAGGCCGAUGGCGGCGGCAGCGGCGGCGGCGGGGUCGGGACUGCGGGCCCCGCCGGAGGCAGCGCAGGCAGGGAUGCGGCCGCGGGCGCAGACAGCAACGGCGAGAUGAGCCCUGCGGAGCUGCUCCACUUCCAGCAGCAACAGGCUCUCCAAGUGGCCCGGCAGUUCCUGCUGCAGCAGGCCUCGGGCCUGAGCUCCCCAGGGAACAAUGACAGCAAGCAGUCGGCCUCUGCCGUGCAGGUGCCCGUGUCGGUGGCCAUGAUGUCGCCGCAGAUGCUCACCCCCCAGCAGAUGCAGCAGAUCCUGUCGCCCCCACAGCUGCAGGCCUUGCUCCAGCAGCAGCAGGCGCUCAUGCUGCAGCAGCUGCAGGAAUAUUACAAGAAGCAGCAAGAGCAGCUCCACUUACAACUCCUCACGCAACAGCAGGCUGGGAAGCAGCAACCCAAAGAGGCCCUGGGGAACAAGCAGCUGGCCUUCCAGCAACAGCUCUUGCAAAUGCAACAGCUGCAGCAGCAGCACCUGCUCAACCUGCAGAGACAGGGGCUGGUCAGCCUGCAGCCCAGCCAAGCCUCGGGGCCCCUCCAGACCCUCCCACAAGCCGUGUGCCCGACGGACCUGCCCCAGCUGUGGAAGGGUGAGGGUGCCCCCGGGCAGCCCGCCGAGGACAGCGUCAAGCAGGAGGGGCUGGACCUCACCGGCACGGCCACCACCGCUACCUCGUUCGCCGCCCCCCCCAAAGUCUCACCCCCCCUCUCCCACCACACCCUGCCCAAUGGACAGCCCACUGUGCUCACACCUCGGAGAGACGGCUCCUCCCACGAGGAGACGCCCGGCUCCCACCCCCUCUACGGACACGGAGAGUGCAAGUGGCCAGGCUGUGAGACCCUGUGUGAAGACCUGGGCCAGUUUAUCAAACACCUCAACACAGAGCACGCCCUGGACGACCGGAGCACAGCCCAGUGCCGCGUGCAGAUGCAGGUGGUGCAGCAGCUGGAGAUCCAGCUCGCCAAGGAGAGCGAGCGGCUGCAGGCCAUGAUGGCCCAUCUGCACAUGCGGCCCUCGGAGCCCAAGCCCUUCAGCCAGCCACUGAACCCAGUCCCCGGCUCCUCCUCAUUCUCCAAGGUGACCGUCUCCGCAGCGGACUCGUUCCCAGAUGGUCUCGUACAUCCCCCCACCUCGGCCGCUGCCCCUGUCACCCCCCUACGGCCCCCUGGCCUCGGCUCUGCCUCCCUGCACAGUGGGGGGCCCGCCCGGCGGAGGACCAGCGACAAGUUCUGCUCCCCCAUCUCCUCAGAGCUGGCCCAGAAUCACGAGUUCUACAAGAACGCCGACGUCCGGCCCCCCUUCACCUACGCCUCCCUCAUCCGCCAGGCCAUCCUGGAAACCCCCGACAGGCAGCUGACCCUGAAUGAGAUCUAUAACUGGUUCACCAGGAUGUUCGCCUAUUUCCGGAGAAACACGGCCACCUGGAAGAAUGCAGUGCGACACAACCUCAGCCUGCACAAGUGCUUCGUGCGCGUGGAGAACGUCAAGGGCGCCGUGUGGACUGUGGACGAGCGGGAGUAUCAGAAGCGGAGACCACCAAAGAUGACGGGGAGCCCCACCCUGGUGAAGAACAUGAUUUCGGGCCUCAGUUAUGGAGCACUUAACGCCAGCUACCAGGCUGCCCUGGCCGAGAGCAGCUUCCCCCUCCUCAACAGCCCUGGCAUGCUGAACCCUGGCUCCGCCAGCAGCCUCCUGCCCCUCAGCCAUGACGACGUGGGCGCCCCCAUGCCGCUGCCCAGCAACGGCAGCAGCAGCCCCCCUCGCCUCUCCCCACCCCAGUACAGCCACCAGGUGCAGGUGAAAGAGGAGCCAGCUGAGGCGGAGGAAGACAGGCGGCCGGGACCCCCCUUGGGGCCCCCUAACCCCAGCACCUCGGGGCCUCCAGAAGACAGGGACCUGGAGGAGGAGCUGCCGGGAGAGGAACUGUCCUAAGGGCCUUUAGGGGCAGGCAGGGCAGGGGUGAGACCCCGCCCUCGCGGGAGCCAGGCCCCACCUACCCCGACUCCUCGCCCCGCCCAACCUCAAGGCACUUCCAGGACUCAGAUGGGGGGCUGGGCCAGCAACUCCCAAGGUGACCUGACCUACGACGACGCUCGGAGUGGGGGGGCAGGGACCGGCCGCCCCCGAGGGGACACAGAACCCCUGGUCUGGGACCGGCAGAGGACACGGAGGGCCCAGACCCCUCCUCAGACUCCCCCGCCCACAUCCGAAUCCCGCCUCCCCCGCCCCCCAACCACCAGCAGCAGCAGCAGGGCCCUCCUCCCCCACCAGCUCGCCCCCAAAGGGCCCCUCAGUGCCAUGGAGACCCGCAGGCGGGGCUGAGCCACCCUCUCACACCCAGGGCCCCCCCAUCUUGCUCUGGCAGUACUCUCUGGCCAGAGGCCCCCGUUUCCCUAAUUUGUGCUCCCUUCUACCUUCUUGUCCUUACUGUGAAGAAGUAGCUCCACCCCCGCUCCUACCCCUGCCCUGGCCUGGGCUGGGGGCAGCUAAAGUCUCAGAGCAGCCCCAGAAAAAACCUGCCCCUCAGCUGUGCCCGAUCAAGAGCCACAGCUGGUGAGGGGCGGAGGGGGGGGGGGGGACAAGUGGAGUGCCCUGGGGGGCUCUGUGGGAGCAGGGCUGCCUGGUUCCAGGUCAGGUCCCCUGCAGGCCGAACUGGGCCUCCACCCCCAUUUGCUGGGUGCUGCCCCCCAGGCCAGGGAGCAUAGGAAGUGGCCCGGUGCCCACCUUCUCCACAGAGGCCUGUGCCCGGUGCACUCGUGGAGGUGGAGCCGCUGAAGGCGGCCGAGCUACCCUUGAGGCUGGAGUUGGGGCCCCAGGUGGUGCCAGGACUGCGGGAAGCAUCUACCUGUGUCCCAGGGAAAGGCCAGGCUGAAACCAGGCUUGAGGGGCGGGUGGGAUGGAUACGGUGGCUGCUGUGACCCGACAGGUCACUCCCACCCCAGCCUUCAGGUCCCCCAUCGCAGUCUUCCCUCACCCGCCCUCAGCACCCCUUCCCUGUCCCGUUCCCCCCAGUUACACAGAUGACCAAAGACCUUUCUUAUGCCGGAAGCAAAAACCAAAACUUUUUGUUGGCUUUCUCCUUUGUCGCCUCCCAUACGCCCUGCUCUCCCGGCCCCGGGCUGGAAGCCCUCCCCAACUUAAGUU